CUUAGCGACGGGGUACGCGAAGUGACAAAAUGAAUGGGACUUUGGUGAUAUGCUUGAUGAAUAGGACAGCGGCACAAAAGAUACUAUGAAUGAUCUUUGAACUUGAUUACAACUGGCACAAUGAAAUGGGGAAAGGGAAACAGCAAAUUGACCCGUGUCAUACAUUUGUUCCAAAGAUCAGUGAGGCCAGCAAGAAACUCGCACUGCGAAGGCUAGAAAACUUGGAUACUAAAGGCAUACCGCAUUUUAUGCUGGAAACAAGAAGCAAAGUCAAGUUGCAUGAACCACUUGAGCCCAUUCCUCCAAUAUCACCAAAUUACAGCUAUCCAACUGUCAAAGAAGGAUGGGUUAAAGGCUUUCACAAAUCAAAAGUAAACGAUUGUGCUGUAAGCCUGGAAACUGACGGAAUCAUUUCUCGACCAGCCAUGAGCAAAAAUGCAGUACUUCCACCCAGAAGGGUGGACUUGGAUGAGAAUAUUUUUACUUUUCGUCCAAAAGUCAGUUCAGCUAGUGUAAGAAUAGCUGAAAGUCUCGGUUCUGAUUUCAUGUCUAGGCAACAACAGCAUUUGGAUCGCCAAAAAAGACUUAUUGAGCAGGCAACACUACAUCAUCGUAUAGAGAAUGAUCACCUGUCUUCCUUAAACCGCAGUCGUAAACUUAAGGAGAAAGUGUUGAAAGAAAGCGGGGAUGCCAAUAACAAUGCUAUAUCACCGGAGGAGCCUGACAGCCAGCUAGGCAGCACACACUCGGACUCCGACGUUGGGGACACACAGACAGACACCAUGUGUCCUGCUCAGACGUUCCCCAAGACACAUGUCAGCACAACGGGGCUGCAGAGGCUGCUGGAUGGGCCCUACACCAAUGGUGCUCAGGAUAUGGUGAUGAAGCGUCAUCAGGCUCGUUACCACUCACACCCUACCUUCAGCAAACAGAGGCUUCUCAUCGACUCAGGGGACAAUGAAGUAAAAGGAGAUGACUCUGAUGUCUCCAGCAGCCUGUCACGCAGCAAGACCAUGCCGUCACUGGGACGGCCCAAACUCACUCGCAGGUUGACGGGUGUGGCGGAUGGGGAGAGGUUACGCCAAGCCAAGGAGAUUGUAGAGAAAGCAAUUAAGUACCGUAAGGUGUUCACCAUCCAGGGCGGCUACUCCGUCAUCCGGCAGAGUCUGCGGCGCAGGGGCUGGGUGGAGAAGUUCUACCGGAUACCGGGACCAGGGACGAAGGCUAAAAAGUCCAAACAUAAGAGAACUUCUGAUGAUGAUGAUGACAGUGAUGAUGACGAUGAUGAUGGUGGCGGUGCUACUGAUGGCAAUGACAAUACUGAUGGCAAUGAUGAUGAUGAUGAUGAUGACAAUGAUGACGAUGAUGAUGGUGGUGACCAUCCGAAGAUACCACCAUGGGAAGAGGACGAUGGCUUGUAUGGCAUCAUGUCACGGAUGGUUCGCAAUGUGAACCCGUCCUUCAUCUGGGUCUUGAAGAGAGAUGUGAUAGACUACCGCUUCCUGACAAAGGAGCAGAUGGUCAAUCAUUACUGCAAGGCUGGAUCAUUCACCACCAAGGUUGGUUUGUGUGUCAACAUGAAGAAUGUACCGUGGUUCGAAAACGCGGACCCUGAUAUGUUCUUUCCCCGAUGUUAUCGUCUCAGCCAGGAGGAGGACAAGGCAGCAUUCAUAGGUACUGUGGGGAAGAAGCCCAAGAAGAAGGUGCAGGUGCCCCUGCGAGUUCUGGAGCAGGCCAUGUAUAGAUGUGAGCAGUACCUUGCCUCCAAGGACCAUGAUGAUAUCGAUGUCCAGCAUGAUCCCAUGACUCUGACAGACAGCCAAUGGGAUCAGCUGAUCCAGCACUACUAUCAGCUGGCACAUGACGAGGGAUACAUACAGUCAGUGGCUCAAAACAUCCUUGGCCAGUGCGAGAGUCUUCUCAACAGACUCAAGACAAAAUGGCCCCAGUUUGAGAUGGACGGUGCACGGAACGUGUGGAUUGUCAAACCUGGGGCAAAGUCCCGAGGGAGAGGCAUUAUAUGCUAUGACCGACUUGAAGACAUGUUGAAGCUGGUCAACUCCCAGGUUGUGCGGAAGGACAGCAAGUUUGUUGUGCAGAAGUAUAUAGAACGCCCUCUGUUGAUCUACAACACCAAGUUCGACAUCCGUCAGUGGUUCCUGGUGACUGACUGGAAUCCUCUGACCCUCUGGUUCUACCAGGACAGCUACCUGCGCUUCUGUUCCCAGCAGUACACCCUGGAUGACUUCAACGAGGCCAUCCACCUCUCCAACAACGCCAUACAGAAGCACAAGAAGAACGGUCCCCGCUCCAACAAGCUGCCCAGUGACAACAUGUGGACCCAUGAAGACUUCCAGGAAUAUCUCAAGACUCGGAACCAGGGUACGGCGUGGGAGGACAUCAUCUACCCCGGGAUGAAGAAAGCACUCAUCUGUGCUCUCCUGGUGACUCAGGAUAUCAUAGAGUACAGGAAGGCAUCGUUUGAGUUGUACGGUGCUGACUUCAUGCUGACAGAGGACUGUCAGCCACUGCUGAUUGAGAUCAACUCCUCACCAAGCAUGGAGGCCAGUACCCCUAUCACCGCCCGACUCUGUGCCAACGUCCUCGAGGACACCAUCAAAGUUGCAGUAGACAGGAAAUAUGACCGAAACUGUGAUAUUGGUCGCUUUGAGCUUGCAUACAAGCAGCCAUUAGUGACAGUGCCGCCAUACAUUGGCAUCAAUCUCAGUGUCGAUGGCCAAGCCAUUCGCAAACCAGGACUACGAAGACCUGAAGUUGCCAUUCCAGGAGAACCCUACUUUACUCCACGGAAUAGUGUCCGUCAAAGUGUGUCUAAUGAGAAGGUGGGCGAAACUAAGAAGUCAGGAGGAGGUAAUUCAGUGCCAGCAGCAGGGAAGUCAAGUGGUGAGGGUGGGAAAUCCACAGGAAGUUCUUCCAAAGCCAGCAGUUCUGAGUCUAGCAAUACUAAGGGACAUUCUACCAAGUCAGAGCCGGUAUCUCAGGACUCAAGUCACAAAUCUUCAGUUGUAAUGGUAUCAAAAUCGGAGAGUAAAAAGUCGGAAUAUUUUGAUAGUCAUCACCCAAUAAAGAUUCACCCUCAACCUCCAUCGCAGCCGAAAGUGUGCACUCAGACGCCGUAUCUGGCAGGAUUGACAACUCGGCGGAUAGUAUCACGGACGUCUGUGUCAAACAACUACACGAUCCCCGCCCACAGUUCGGACAGGCAGAACAAGGCCACUGUGUCCGUUAACAAUGUGGAGUCCACAGACUUAAAGACAAUGAAAUCCGGUGGAGUUGUCAAAGGUUGUGUAGAUGCAUUAAUCGACGGCACAUGGGGCCGAACUUGUAGUGAGUGUGGGGGUGGAAUGAACUUACAUCUCGAUAACGUCAACCCAAACUGCCGAUGUCGACAAGACAGCGUUAUCGUUACCAUGUCGUACGGACGUGCUCGAAGUGCACGAUUUGCUGCUACGCCAUUCCGCCCCUGCAGCGGGUACAAACACCCCCGCCCCCCAAGUGCGUCCUUCAUCCCCCAAACCAAAGGCAGGGGCAGUAGCAAUACUGGCCUCAGGAACAUGAAAAUGGAGAAAGUUUUGUUGAAAUACACCGAUGGUGGAAUCAAGCGUCCGAUGCCGCUAUCACUGCAGGCUAAUCCACUUCCGAAGUUGGUACGCAGGUACAUCGGGCGCCGAAUGGCACCAAGUCAUGAUACAAGCAUGCUCCAGAACGCAGUUUAUAUAGACACUUCACAGAUCGAUAACCCUCUGUCGAUCGUAUCCCAGAGCUACUGUCGGUGAUGAAGGUAUUACUCUGAUCUCACAAUCCACUUGUCUUUUUUCCAUUUGUCCAUCACUGAUGAAGAGGCAAGCGAUACCUUCACAGCCAAGAACAAGUACCCACAAAACUCAAUUUUCUUGGCCAGUUACUUUUCUUCAGAUACUUAAUUGAUUGUAACUUCCUUGCCAGUGCUUAUAAGUUCUCAAAGUAAUUUUUAUGAAAGGAUGGUUGAAUAUGUAAUGUUUCUAAUUAACAAAAAUUAUUAAUUUCUUUAAAAGUAAUAUGUCCUCUUUUGAAAUGUUCUUGAAGCCUGAGACCCUUGUCAGUGUCCACCUGAGGUAUGCUCAAUCAUAUAAUGUGUAUAUAUACGCUAGGGACAGCGGGAGAUCUCGGUGUUAUUUAUAUGGGUUUGUUUGAGUGACAUGUUGUUGUUGUUAUCAUAGUCACGUUAAUAGCGACAUGUUAUUGUAUGUAUCAUUGUAACGGGUGUUGAUUUCUGGGUUUGUACAUACGUCAUUGUAUAUUACUUUCAUUCUCUUGGAUCAGCUGUGAAGAUCAAUGUGUACAUGUGUUAUUGACAUAUGGAGUUUGACAAACGUUUGUUGCAGUGAUCUAUUUCAAAGCAGUAUUGAUCACCCUCACAUUAAACAUGUCAAACAUGCAGCACUAUGCAAGAACUACCUGACCUACAUUUUACAUUUAGUUUCGAAUUUAUAUUUUCUUCUUUAAAAUGAAAGCAUUUUAUCACUUUUUUUUACUUAAUCCACACAAAAACAUGCCAGAUCUCCAUAAUUCAGCUUAAGGAAGUUAUACUAUGGAGGUUUGAAUUCAGUUAAUUCAGUGUGUGAAUCGAGUGUAAGAAUUUUACUUUAAAUUGAGGCAUUUUAUCACUUUUUUACUUAAUCCAUAAAGUAACACGCCAAGUCUCAGUAAUUAAUUCAGCUUAAAGAAGUUACACAAUUGAGGUUUAAAUUCAGUUAAUUCAGUGUAUGAAUUGAGUGUAAAAAAUUUAAAUGUUGUGCCUAAUUUUUCAGGAAGAUGCCUGUAUUAAUCAAUGAAUGUGAUAACUUUGCCAAAUAUAUGGUGUUUAAACAAAUAUUUGUCAAACUGUCUAAACUUGAACCCCAUUAUAGCAGCAUUAUCAUCAUUGUGGUUGCAAUAUCAUCCCAUUCAGUUUGUUAACGAAACUCUGAAACUAACAGAUUUCAGGGAAGAUUUGGUUCUACAGGGACAGACACUGAUUUUCAUGUUCUAGUUUUUCUGUUAAUACUUUUCUGGUUUUCCGUUAACACUUCUCUCCUGUACAUUACAGUAACACGUAUUCACAUUCUUUUUUUCUGUAAUAAUGUUUUCAAAUUAAGUUUGUAACCUUUAACUCCUACUACCAAACAGAGAUCAAGUAGAAUCAUGUCAGUGAUAUUUUGUUCAUGGAUGAGAGCUGAUUGUAUUAUUUUACUAAACAGUUAAGCGUUUCUUUCCAGCAGUAGAUAGUUCCCCACAUAACUGAAUCAAAUUUUGAUGCCAGAUAGCAUAUUAUCCAACCAUCCAUUCAUGAAGUUAUUGUAGUGCUAUGAUUAUCUUAAGUUUAUAUAAUAAGAAUAGAAAAUCAUAGCAUUAAAGUAAAUUCGAGACUUAAACAACUUUCACAGAAUCUGAGUUGAUGACAGAAGCUCAUUAUUGGCACAUAUCCAGAUCUAGUUCUAGCGGUUGCAGCAUUACAACUGUCAUAAUCCUUUCUUAAAGAAUGAGAAUUAUUGAAAUUGUAGUGUUUAGAACAAUUUGAGAGAAAAUAGAAUGGCCAACAGCUUGUUCUCGAUUCAAAAGGACAAUAUAAUUUUGAAAACUAUUGACAGCUUCUAAAAGCUGGCCAUUUCUGGGCCUUUUUACGCAAACGUUCAAGUUCUGAAACUCAUGAAAUCUUUAUGAAGGAAAUUAGAUGGAAAGACAGUUUUACCGUCUUGCUUUUGAGGGCAAUGGAAAAUAGGGAAACAACAUGUUAUGUUGGGUUUAAUGAUGAAUGGUGUCUUAAGUGCCAAAUAUUCUAAUUUAUAGACUUAUUACAUCUAUGUCGAUUAUUGCCCCUGCUACAAUUUUCUACUUUCGGUUUAGGAAUAGUGUGUAUGUAUGUGAAAGUUUAAAUAUGUUUAUGAGAAUGAAAUCUCUUGUCAUCUGUGUGUUAUUCAACUGAUGCAUACAGUUGUAAGUUGAGGGUUGGAAUUGACUUGCAAGGAAGACAUUUAACUUCUUUGAGUGGCAUUUUAGAAGUUGGG